AAUUAAGGCCUUACCCCACUCCGGAAAACAAUGCCAAAACAGUAAAUGUUCAUGUUGACUACUUUUUUCCAAUGGUCAUCCUAUUUUUCCUGGAUAACUACCUAUGAAUGAAGUAACCACCCAAAAAAUCCUCACAAUUUAUAUGUUCAUCUUUCAAUCGACCAUUUUUCUUUGUUCUUUUCACCUUCAAUCUCUGCAAAAAAAAACCAAGAAAACAUGGAACCUAAAAGCAACAAAACACUGCUUGUAUUCCUGGUAUGGUGCAUCAUUCUCUUCAACCCUGCGCAAGCCAUUUGCGUGCCCCGCAAUCGAAGUGACGCAGUGCCUUCAUCUUUUGCCUCGUCCCUUAAAUUACAGCCACCACCUUCUCAUGUCUACACUCCUAUAUCACAACCACCGCCUUCUCCUCCUGCUCCAAGGACUACCUCAGCCCCAGUUCCCCCUACUCCACCUAAAUCACAGUCGUCGGCUUCUUCUCCUCGUGCAAGUAAGGCCUCAACCUCGCUUCCUUCUACAAGUAGUGCCUCAGCCCCGGUUCCCCCCAUGCCACCACAGGAAACCCCUGAUUCAUCUCCAGAUCUAUCAUCUCUAAAGUCAAAACUUCCCACAAUUCAAAUUUCGCUACCAAUAGUUUCCUUAAACAGUGGAGCAGGCUCAAAAAUAGUAUCUGACCCUGAGAUCAAAAGCCUAUGUGGCAAAACUGAUCAACCUGCUCUUUGCUUAGCCACCAUUUCACCUUUCUUCAAUGGAAAAACAGACCUCGCAUCCGUAAUUGGAAUGUUGAUCAAGGCUGGCAUUGAGCAAACAAAACAGGCUAUUGCCACUGCUGCAAAAAUGGCUACUGACCCUAAAUACUCCAACCCGAAGACAUUGUCAAAACUUAACGACUGCAAGGAAAUUUAUGAUGAUGCCUUGGACAAUAUGCAAGAAGCCAUUGAAGCAAUUCCACUUAAAGAUGUUGGUACCAUUGAAACCAUGAUUAGUGCAGCCAUUUCAGAUUAUGGAACAUGUGAUGAUGGUUUUACAGGGCAGCCAAAUCCGAUUCCUGAGGGAGUUUCUCCAAUGGCUAAAAUUAAUGAGAAUCUUAUGAAUAUUGCUGGAGUUAUUCUUGCCCUUACUAAAAUGAUGCCCUGAACUCGCUAAAGGACGUCCUUUAAACCUUGGCGACAAGAGCUUGCUUCA